UAUGGUUACGAGAUACGAGUAUUGAUUUCCUCGGCGUUACUAUUUGUACAAGUGUUGUGUGAGUUGUGACGGUGCUAUACGAACGUGCUCACUUACAACUAGUAUUAGAACUGGGUUUUUCAAAAGCGAUUGCUCCUUAAAUUUAUUUAUUUUCUACGUAGACACUUUGUCCGUUUACCCAACAGAAUUAUCGUGUUGUUUGAUUUCUCUUCUAAUGGUCGACCCGCGUUAACGUGAGUACGGUGGAAAUAUUCGUACAGAGUCUACAACAAGUAUACCUUUAUUUACCAAGUUGUACUUUAACGUCAAUCGUUUCGUAUCAUAAUUCCAAAAAAAAACGAUAAAAUGUUAUUCGCCAUUGAGUUCGCUUACUUCGUUAUGUAGUGCACGUACGAAAAUAUUAAAAAAAAAGUCUAAUAUAUCAUUUUCGUCAAGAUCUUCUUCGGUGUUUUGACAUGAGUCUUUCGGAAUCGGGAUGGAAUUCGUACGACGCUCCUGGAUUAAAUCGGUGGCAAAACAAUUCGAAUGGCUCGGCUGUAUCGAAAAUGCAACAUAAAUAUUGGGUGACCAAGCAACAAGUGUGUAAAAAAUUGGGAAAAAAGGAUGACGAAUUUGUAGUAGCUUCUGAUGCGGAACUCGAUGCCAAGCUCGAACUGUUUAAAUCGAUUAAAGGAAGCUGUCAAAAUUUGCAGAGGAUCGUAAACAAAUACGACGAAAAGUUGUACAAUUUGGCGUAUGAAGAAAACCAAAUGGGCGUGUUCAUGAAAAAGGCGGGAAACAAAGACACAACAAAAGCUGGGGAAAUGUUAAAAAUCCUGGGAUCUUGUAUGACAAUGUCUGGCCAAGAGCGAGUCACGUUGCGUUCGCCUUUAGCAAGACUGCAUCAGGAAAUCGAAACGUUUUGCUUGAGAGCAGUGGAAGACACCCACGGUGAUGUAAAGCGCAUGGAAAACGCACGGACAGACUACAGAGCUGCGUUGAAUUGGAUGAAGGACAUUUCUCAGGAACUGGACCCGGACGCAAAUUUGGACAGAUACAAAAGCGUGCAGAACAACGUCAAGAAGUCCAAAAAGCAAUUCGAUCAUCAUAAAUUAAUUUGCCUGCAAAAAGUCGACCUGCUAGCGGCUGCGCGAUGCAAUAUGUUCUCGCACGUGCUGAUUUUUUAUCAACAAAGUUUGCAACGAUUCGCCGAAACCAUAGGGGCCUCGUUCGAACAUGCUACUGUAGACAUCCAACAGUACCAGCAUUACGAUUUUAAAACGAUCAAAGAACUGAGAGCCGAUACAAGUAAACCAUGCACAAAAACAGAAAACAAGAAUAACGAUUCCGGUUCGUAUAUUGAACUGGGUCUCGAGGCGUCCGCACCGCAGGAAGAUGAAAAUAAAGAGUCAACUCUUUUAUCAUUGUUCGACGGAAAAGAUACUUACGGUGAUUUCUUGUCGACGCCAUUUCAAACCGGACAAGAUGAAGAUAACGCAGAGCUUAAACAAAACGACAAUCCAGAUGAAUUUUUACCGUCCCAACUUUUGUCUGAUUUACUAUACAGUUCACCGGGGUCUACGAAUAAAGACACCAAAGCACCAGCAAAUUCUUUAAAUUGGUCGGAUAUAUUUGCAGAUCUCGAUCCUUUGAACGAUUCAAGACUAUCUUCGAAACAACCGUUAGACCUUUUGUGAAUUGCCUAUUUUACACUGUAAUAUAAUUUAAUAAAUAAUAAAUACUUAUGGCAACAUUUUAUAAUAAUAUAUGUAAAGCUUCAAUUUUUACUUAACAGAUUUGUAUGAAAACCCCCGUUGACGAGAAAUCAGGAUAUAUCUUAAAAAAAUAUAUUAUAAG